CGCCCUCCCUCCUUUACACUCCACUCCACACAGCAUCGCGUUGUGUAUGCAGUGUGAUCAGCAGCAGAGAAGGGAGACGAUGUCCGCACAGCAAAAAUAAAACCCAAACGAUGACAUUCUUACAGAAACGACAGAAACAAACGUUUAUUUGACAACUUCCGAACCCCACACCUUGCCUUCGCUCCUCCUUGCUCCCAGCUCCAACUUUACAGCCCUCAGCCCCCCGCCAGCCCAUUGGCGCUCUAGUCCAGUGGGACCAUGAUGCUCAGCAGCUCAGUGGAGGUACCCAGCCCGGGUGCAAUGAGUGGCCUCAGCAGCCUCAGUGCGGCAGCCCGGAAUGUGGUGCGCUCCUCCAGCAUCUCGGGGGCCAUGUACAGCCUGGAGAAGAGUCCCGGCAGCAGGGGCCCGGACUCCGCGUCGUUGAGUGGCAACAAGAAGCGGCGCUCCAGUCUGGGUGCCAAGAUGGUGGCCAUUGUGGGGUUGUCACAGUGGAGCAAGAGCACGCAGCAGCUCAACCAGCAGGAUGGUGGAACAAAGAAGCUACGUAGCACCAUUCGACGGAGCACAGAGACCGGCAUUGCCGUGGAGAUGAGGAACCGAGUGACACGGCAGGGCAGCAAGGACUCCACUGACGGGAGCACCAACUCAAACAGCUCAGAUGGAACGUUUGUCUUCCCUCCCACACGCCUCGGCCCCGAGAGCCAGUUCAGUGACUUUCUAGAUGGACUAGGCCCCGCACAGAUUGUAGGCCGGCAAACACUUGCCACACCCCCUAUGGGGGAUGUUCAUGUUGGCAUGGUAGACAGAGGAGGGCAGCUGGAGGUGGAGGUCAACCAGGCCAGAGGGCUAAUCCCUAAACCAGGCUCAAAGAACAUACCAGCGACCUAUGUGAAAGUGUACGUCCUGGAGAACGGAGUGUGCUUGGCCAAGAAGAAAACCAAAGUAGUGAAGAAAACUCUGGACCCCACCUACCAGCAGGCUCUAUUGUUUAAUGAGAGUCCUCAGGGCAAAGUCCUGCAGGUAAUAGUGUGGGGGGAUUACGGGCGUAUGGACCACAAGUGCUUCAUGGGAAUGGCCCAGAUCCUCUUGGAGGACUUGGACCUGUCUGCCACAGUCAGCGGCUGGUACAAGCUGUUCCCUACCUCUUCUCUGGCAGACCCCAGCAUCGGACCCCUCACUAGACGCCUCUCCCAGUCCUCCCUGGAGAGCGCCACCAGCCCCUUGUGCACUUAGACACCCAGUAGACACCCACAUGCACGGGCACAUCCUGCAGACACAGACACACGCACUGUACUGUAUAUACACAACGACUGUAUUUGAAGUGCAAGACAGACAGGCAUACACACCCAUGUGCAGGAACACAUAUGACAUAUAAUAUCUGAUCUCAUUCACAUGAAUACACACAGACACACGCUGCCAUCCUUUACUGGACAUUGCAUGCUACUGUAUGUCCAUAUUGGUACCCACUGAUCAGUGUUUUCAGUCAGCAAAAGGCUUAGCAAAUACAACUUGAAGUAGACAUGGUUUACCAGAACAUGUAGCAUUUGUCACCCUCUCAUUUGAACCUUUCCUACCAUGACACAACGAUCCACCCGGUGCCAUAUUCUGCGUUUAGUGGUACCAGACUCAUCCCAAUGCCAGUUUCUAAACUCUCUAUGCCAAACUAAGAAAAAAACUUUUAUUUUUUAAAACCAAAGCUGUUGUUAUUAUUACAAUAAAUAGCAGAUGAACUCGUAUACAAUAUAAGGUAUGGAUAUGUAGCAGAGUCAAUGACUUAGCUGUAAUGCAAAAAAACGAAGAUACAUUCUACACACACGAGCUGAGAACACUAGGCCAAACACACAAACAUACCUGGGCAACAGGCUUGGAUGUUCACAUAAUGGUUGUUAUGUGAGGUAGCAACACUGCUAUUCUAUAAUUUUCACAGAGCAGAGUUUAUAUAUAGAUAUACAUAUAUAUAUAUAUAUAGAUAUAUUUCUUUGUGUUUAUGUAUCAACUGCAUUCUGCAUGUUUGCUUGCACCACUUGUAGAGACAUUUUUUAUUUAGCUCACCUUGACCAAUGGAAAAGGACUAUAGUGCCACUUUAUUUUGUGACUAGUCCUGAAAAUACAGCGCUCCACUGAGUCCGGGACAAGGACGGGACUCUGGCAACAGGGAGAGCGCUGUCAAUGCCAUCUGCAGAAGAAGGGAACAAAUUAGUCAGCCAGCUGCACAUUCACCGAGGAACAAACUUCUGAUCCUGCUUCAUCUUAGACUAAAGAAAUGUUGUACUGCACUUGGCACAAACACAUUUUGGGAAAUGUGUUCCAUUUGUCUGGGCUUCAUGUGUUCUGCAUCUAGGGGCUGCCAUAGUGUCGCACUCUUUUUUGCACUUUUCCUAAGUGAAGGAGGAGUCAGGAAGGUAAUGACUGUACUUCUACCUCUGGUCUCUCUCCACAUCUGGUCAGAUCACAGCCAGAUACAAACACACACACACACACACACACACACAACUGGUACCAACUAUAAACCCUCCUGCUUUGUUUUGGUCACUCCUGUCACUCUGGCUGCAGCUAAACCUGUUGUAAAUGUGUAAACACGUAUUUGAGUCCAGGUGAGGUUUUUCCUUUUGAUAUCUGACUGUUUAUGCCAGUAUUAUUUUGGUAGCAGGUUGAUUGUUAACCUGCCAUAUAAGCAAGUUUUACCUGUUUCAGCUGCAGUAUCUGUCAUAUAUUUAUGUAGUUUUAUUUUAUAUUUCCAGGCAGUGUGCAUGUGUUUAACUUAGCACUUCACUGUUAAAUGUUGUUUUUUUUUUUUUUAAACCUGCUGUUGUUGAGCACUUUAUUGUAUUUUUUUUUUUUUUGGUCACACUGCAUUAAACAUCUCUGAAGUGUAGCUUGUGUGUAUUAUGAACUGCAUUGUGAAGGCCCACUAUAAUAGCUGAAAUGGGUCAGUUCUGCCUAUAGCACUGAAAUCUGAGCAUUCAUAAAGUAAUUUAUUUGUAGAAAUAGAAAAUACAUGCUCUGAGGAAAAAAAAUGACAAAGCUGGUAGAUUUAUGAAUCUUGCAAUUUGGAGAAGUCAAUUCAUAAAUUUAGAGGAAGUAAGAAGAAUGUGUACAUUUUAUUUAACAUAACAGUGUUAAAUAGUAUGCCCUUAAAGAAUAAAUAAUGUAAGUUUUGAAAGCAGCCAAAGCACUUUUGUAUUUGGUGGAUUGAAACAAAUGAGUUAACUGAUAAUUUCAAGUUUUUGUUGAAAAUAGAUGCUUUCAGUUUCACCUUUUUUGUCUUUCUCAAAAAGGUGAGUGACCCAGUGGCUGCUUUAGUCAAGUGUGGAAUAGUUGGGUCGUCACUGACAGCAGAGGAGUAACAAGACUAACUGAGCUACUGGUGUUUACUGUUUUUAUUAAAAUGAAGAUUUAGUAUAUCUUUCUCCUCAGUCGCUUUUUAAAGAGUUUUGACGCUGUCUUGAGAGCAGCACCAAACCUUGUAUAUUGAUAAAGACUGUUGUAUUUCAGAAGUGAUAAGAGUGGACAGUCUCAAUCUACUGCCUGUUAAAAGCCUGUAUGCAUAGCUAACAUUUACUGUAGUUUUAUCACCACCAUACAGUAUGUUCUAUUGUAUGCUAAGAACUAUGAUUCCUACCUUAAUCCUUCUGCAAAAAGGGAAAUUCUGAGGCAUUUUGUCUUCUCUGCAGCUCAGACCAACAGAAUUCAUUGCUUUUUGGAAUUUGGAUAAAGGGAUCUGUGGUGUUCUUGAAUUUUUUGGCGGAGGGUGGUGGCUGUUUCUCAUCCUCCCAUCAUAUAUAUACAACCCUUUUAAAAGAACCAUCGAGGUUUGGGUUCCAAUUUGUUUUACAUUUUGGAGCUAUUCCUUCUUGGAUCUGUAUUUGUAUGCUCACGUAUAUAUGAAGCAGUUUUAUGUUCCUUGUUGAUUUGUAUCUAUUUUUGUGGACAGCUGGCAUAAUAUAAAAACUAGCACUUAUACUCUUGGUAUUUGCACACAUUCUCUUCAGUGUGUGCCUUUCUGUAACACAAAAAGCUUGGUUGACAGAAAAUAAAGGGAAAUAACCUAAAACCUAAAAAAAAAUUCAGAAGAAAUUUGAAAGGAAUUUCUUGACAUGUUCGAUCCCUGCUACAUGUUUAAUCCUUGGUGAACUGUAAAGCUACUGUUAAUCUUUUUCCAUGUGAUUCCAAAUGUUUUGAAGCUUUUCUGAGACUGUGCGUGUCCUUUUGCUGUAGGCUAUAGUAACCUAAAACAUUAACCAUUCUGGUUAUAUAGAGCAGGAAAACAGACAAUGCAAUGAGAUGUAUAAUUAUCCUGUGACAACUUGAUGCACAGCAGAACAUUUCCAAAUGUGUCCAAAUCCUUUGAUUCCUGCAACCAAAAGGAAAAAUUGAAAUACUGCCUUUUUUCAAAAUGUAGUGUGGGUGUGUUUUUCAGUGAGGUGCAUUUAUUGUAGUGUGUGAUGCAUAAUGAGUGUCAGGGCAGUAAGAUGAGUAAGAUUUAAACAUGCGUAAAUACUGUAUUUAUAAAAAAAAUCUACUUGUCAAAUAAUGUUGACAGUGGACUACAGUGUAGAGAAUUUAAGGAUCAGGAUUUUCAAAUAUGAGCGUUAACACCUUUUUCUCUCUUCACGGCAUUUACUACAGUUAAAAGACUACUUUACUGUAGCAUCACGUAAUUAACAUGCAUUGUCUGACCACUUGAUCAUUUUAUUUAUUUGAACACAGAUGCUACUGUUUUAGGUGAGUCAAACGAAUUAUUAUGCUUGAAGUGGUUGAAGCUCAAGGGUUAACUAUGGCAGGACGGGUACAGCAGGUUGUCCGAGUUUUUAUGGUUUUCUGAAGAUGAAGGAUGCUUAGAACUUUUUCAAUAUGAAGGAAGAUGCAUGAAAGCAGGUUAAUAUAUUGUUGGUUAUUGUUCCAUCAAACACUAGGGAACAUUGUAUUGAAAACAGCACAGCAUGUAGAGCUUGAUAAAUUGUGUUUCAGAUAGCUAAAGAUAGCACUAACCUGAGUCAGACAGUGGCUCAACAUGGCAAAAUUGAGAUUUGAAUGUAAAGGCUAUGAAUGCUUGGGAUGUAAACCAAUACGCUUGCUUGCUUCCACUGAGAACUCUAACCUAAUUAUGUUGUAUAACUUUAUAAUGCAUCUUCAAUCAAUCUGAAUUGUCUCUUGAGUGCUAUGUUGAAAAUGUAUUUUAUUUUUGUAAGGAGAGUGGUAUUAUUCGGAGAAGGGCAAGGGAAAGUCAGAGAGGCGGUGUGGGCAAAACCUGCCUUUAGACUUUCAUGAAAAUGAGGGCUUGUUUUGUAUACAAUGGCCUUAUUUUGUGCAGGAGAUAUUGCUUCGCUAUUGCAGCAUAACUGAAAGUUUUGACAAAUGUAUUUUGCUUAAAAUUUUGUGUUGAAGUUGUAUAUGUGUACGUGUAUAGUUUUAUGAAUGUAUUUCUUGACCCUUGCACCCAAACCAAGUGUAAUGGUUUUUUUUUUUGUCAUCUUGUUUAUUACAGUCUCUUUGAAGACUUUUCCAGGGGCCUCACCUGCAUCAGUUCAGGUGGCCCCUGCUUUCGCUGUUCUGUAAUCUCUACACAUGUCUUAUUCUUUAUUGUUCAUUUAAAAGAACAGCUCUGUGGUUGAAUUCUGUCUGGCACAAAUGCAUUUUUAUUUAUUUUGCCAUGAUGAUUGUAAGCAGAAAUGACUGACAUUUUCCCCUGGACAAAUGUAUCUGUCAAGCCGAUGGAAUUGCCAUGGGUUUUUGUACUUUGAGUUAGCAAAUGUUUGCUGCAUGGUAACUCUGAUUGUUUUCUUGUAUUUAAUCUUUCUGAUGAUGAUGAUGAUAAUAAUGUCUGAUUAUGAAGUCAGUUAGACCCAGUGUAAUGUCAAAGGCAAUUCAACAAAAUGCAAAACAUUGCAUUUUAAAGUAGCAUGGAUUUAGCCUUCCAUUUUCUGAAAUACUGUACAUCUUCUUCUGACAAUAACCAUCGACUGUAGUCUCUUACUGUUCCUGGGGCCUCUUUGGUGUCAGUAUCAGCAGUGCCACCAUGAUGACAAAACAUAGAAAAUAAGAUAUAAAUCACAUUUUCAAGCAUUAAAAGCCAUUUAGAAUCAACAGGGCAUGCAAUGCAUUGUGAACAAUGACUGCUGUAUUUUACGAUAGCCCCUGUGAGCAGCAAUUUUUAGUUUUAUUAUUUUUUCUGUUUUUUGCUUCUAAUGAAGCAUGCAUUCCAUAUAUCUAUUUGCCAAUGUAGCAGCUGCCAAUGAGAACAAAAGAGACAUCACAGCUGAGGUGAUGGGCAAAUUGGAGUUUUUGCUGCUGAAUAUGCCAGUUUGUCUUCAUCCAUGUCUAUAAAUGUUGGUAAUCAUAGCACAAGUGUCCUGAGUAGCCAGCCUGUCUUUUUAGAUGUCUGUCAGACUAUAUUUAGGCCACUGUAGCUUCCCACCCCAUUGUCAAGACAACCUUCAUCAUAUCAAGCCCAGCAAAGAACAGACCCCUAAAGUAAUGGCUUAAUAUAGAACAUCAUAAUAAAGUAAAUCUUAAGUUUUGAUUAGAUUUAAUGGACCACAGUGACAUUCCCAAGCACAUAUAUUAGAUUGAGGCCUUGUAACCAAAUGUAAAGAUGGAUGGGAGCAUCUUAAAUCCCAGGUAAACUGGAUUGCUGGUUUUGGUAUGCGAGUGGUUGUCUUUUCUUAACUGGCCUAGACCUUUUCAUUGAGGAGUGUUCAGAGUAUGUCUUAAAGUCCCGAUGAGUGUGAUGAAAGGAUGCAGUUUAUGGCAAACAAUUAUAAGGGAGCUGUAAUUUUAUACUUAUGCUUUGUAAAUGUUUUCUAUGUGCAGUAUUUGAUAAUGUAAAACUGGUAUUUUUGUGGUUUGUAUGCUGCAGAAUUGAUUACUUAAGGUGCAUGUAGUUUUCUUAAAAAAAAAAAAAAAAAGA